AUGUUGGGCUCGGCCGAGGCGACACCUAUAAAGGCCAAAAGAUUCCAAACACUCGGUUCCGCCUUCUUCCUGAUUCCGGUCUUAUCUGGUCAACGACGAAAUUUGCAGGAGAUGGACCAGGUCCUGGGCUACGGUUUCGAGUAUGGCAAGGCCAAGGAGUACGCUCGCUCCCUCGAAGGCUUCUCGGCUAAGGUUUGAGACUUCCUAUAGCUCUUCGAUAAAAUAUCUCGUGAUUAUUAACUUCAUAAAAAAACUUUUUUUAACGGUAUAUCAUAUAUUGAAGUUUAAGAGAUUGCUGAAAAAACUUGAAAAUCGAAAAAUAUAAGAGUUUAUUACACAAAAAAAAGUUGGUUUUUCAAAACCUGAUGACAGAUUUGCCUCUUUCACUAAACAUUUGAGCCCCCUACGAAGAAAAAGACUAUGCUAGAAAUCACACAAAAAUGAAGUUUGCAGCUCGCGGUGGUGUACAUGGUGACAGUGUUCGGCAUCAAGUACUACAUGCGAAACAGGAAGCCGUUAGAUCUGCAGGGACCGCUGAACGUCUGGAACGGCAUUCUGGCCGUGUUUUCGGCUCUCGGAUUCCUUUUCACCUUCCCCACGCUCCUUCAUGUCAUCUUCACGAAAGGACUUUCGCGUGUGUCUUCUAAUUUUAGAGAAGUCGUAAUCUCUCUUUUACAGAUACAUAUACGCACAUUUCGGCGGUCUACACGAACUCAACCUCAGGAUAUUGGGUUUUUCUCUGGGUUCUGAGCAAAAUCCCAGAGCUCGUCGACACGAUUUUCAUCGUCCUCCGCAAGCGACCACUCAUGUUCAUGCACUGGUCCGUCAUUAAUUACUUCAAGCUUCCUCGAAUAACGAGUAGAAGAACGUUCCGCAAAGACUUUAAUUUUUUUCGUACAGUCGUUAAAACUUUGCGGCAAAGUUCUAACAAACGUUAAAAAUUUGUCUUAGUUUGAAAAGAAUUUUAGAAGUUUUCUAGUUAAAAUCUGGACUUUUCUUUGACGGUAAGCCGGUUGAGAUAGCUCAUAUCUCGUCUGACAAAAGAUCAUCAGACAAAACCAAAGUCAUCCGAUGUCUUGACAAUGUCGCGCCAUUUAGCUGUUAUCUAGCAAAAAACAUUUUUCAGCAUUUUAUGUGCUAGGUAAAUGAUUAUGUGAGGUGAUAGGGUCCAAAGAAAUUUAUGAAGAAAAAUAUAUUAGACCACAGAUCGCUAACAAAAAGUAUAAGAAUGGUAAAUCGAGUUGGGCUUCGGAACCCGGUUUGAAAUCAGACUUUCUCUAAAGAAAGUUGUUGCAUAUCCGACACCUUUUUUAUACCUAAGUUUUCAGUGUUUGGCACUGUCAAUACAAUUUUUUAGAAUUCCUAGCUUUGCCCAGAUAAACGACACUUACGAAAUCCGAAAAUCUGAAAAAAUAAGGCAUUUUUAGGUACCACCACGCGCUGACUGGGUACUACGCCCUUGUGUGCUACCAUGAAGACAACGCCCACAUGGUCUGGGUGGUCUGGAUGAACUAUCUGGUGCACGCUUUCAUGUACAGGUAGGAGAUGUUCAGGAGAAAGUUCUAGAUCAUUUCGGUUCAGCUACUACCUCCUCAAGUCGCUCAAGAUCCGCGUCCCGCCUCAAGUCGCCCAACUCAUCACCACCAGCCAGAUGGUGCAGGUGAUGCUCCACGACGCCUUCUUCUUUAAUUGGCCCCUUUCAGUUCACGAUCGCCAUCGCUGCUCAAUUGCACGUCGGCUACCUGGCCUAUUCUGGUGUCCCCGGCCUGGCGGUCACUUUCCGCGGCUGGGCCAUCGGCCUCUUCAUGCUCGUCUCAUAUUAUGCUCUCUGGAUCCAGUCAGUCGGUCUUCCAAGUCUUUUUAAUGCGCAAGAUUCCCAGAUUCUACAAGGAGAGCUAUCUAAACAACGGCGGCAAGAAGUACAAAAGGGCCGAAACCGAAGGCGCAGCGCGCAAGGCUCAGUAA